AUCUGUAGGUUGCCAUUUCAUCCUAUUGACAAUGUCCUUUGGCUUAUAGAAACUUUGCAAUUUUAUGAGGUCCCAUUUGUCAAUUUUUGAUCGUAGAUCAUAAGCCACUGGGGUUCUCUUCAGGAAAAUUUCCCCUGUGCCCAUGUGUUCAAGGUUCUUUCCCACUUUCUCUUCUUUUUUUUUUUUUAAAGAUUUAUUUGUUUAUUUCAUGUAUGUGAGUAUACUGUAGCUGUCUUCAGACACACCAGAAGAGGGCAUCAGAUCUCAUUACAGAUGGUUGUGAGCCACCAUGUGGUUGCUGGGAAUUGAACUCAGGACCUCUGGAAGAGCAGUCAGUGCUCUUAACCGCCUGAGCCAUCUCUCCAGCUCCCACCCACCACCACCACCACUUUCUCUUCUAUUAGAUUCAGCUUAUCUGUUUUUAUGUGGAAGUUCUUGGUUUACUUGAACUUAAGCUUUGUACAAGGAGAUAAAAAUGGGUCAAUUUGCAGACUUCUACAUGCUGACUGCCAGUUGAACCAGCACCAUUUGUUGAGUAGAAAUAACCAAACAAGACUAUUUGGCAGGACUCAAAAUGUAAAUAAUUGAGUGCAGCUGGGGAAUCAACAGUCUAGUGAAUAGAAUAAUAGAGUAUGGGUAAUUCACCUAGUACUUGUGCUAAAGCUGAUUAAAUAAAUUGUUAGGACGUUGCCUCAAUUACAGGGGGUUGGAGGGAGCUGGCCAAGUUAUAUUAAGAACUAUAGAGUUAAUUUAUAACUUCUAAAGCAACAUAAAAAGAAAGAUGUCUUUCAUUUGCUCAAAGAGCAAAGAAUCUUCAUUAACUGAUCUGUGUACCUUGCACAGUCCAUACAUAUUAAUGCAGAACUGUGUAUUUUUCUGUGAGAACUUUAUGUUCACAGAAAAACCAACCAAAAAGAGCCCUGACAAGAACCACCCUCAAAGAUGCUAAAACGCUGAGGCAUAUUUUUCCAACAUCCUGCCUGAUAUUACCUCAGACUGCCUUAAAGCUGUUUCCUCAAAAGAACUGCUACCAGGACAACGUCAAAGCAGCCAACUCAAAUUGUCCACCAUCACAGACUGUUCCAGUCAGGACUUGAUUUAACCUUUAAUUUUUACAGCAUUUGGAGACUGGACAACAAAUGUUACAACUAGCUUUUUUAACCACGUUUCCAAUCUUCUUGCACCCCUCAAAAGAAAAACUAUGCACCCCAAAUCAAUAGGAAACAAUUUUAAGGGAAAGCACCUCAUUCCCGAAAAGCAAGGUAGAUGGAUUAUGAAUGUUUGUUAUAUCUCUAAGGUGUCUGUUUGCAAGUUGUUAAAUGGUCCUGUUCAUAAAGAAUACAGAAUAUAGGAAUUUAGACUUAGGGAUUUCUCUCUUUCCUUCUGUUUAUCCUUCAUUUUUAGGGAAAGGGAAACAGGUUGAGAAGAAAAUGGAGGAUAUAAUAAUAAUAAUAAUAAUAAUAAUAAUAAUAAUAAUAAUAGGAAAAAGUAGAUUAUUGAAUAUACUCUUAAACCAAAGAACAUUUUACAGUUAAUAAUGUUACAUUGAUAUAUACCUUUUUAUACUGAUGUAAAAAUAAAGGUUAUUUUUGUUACAAUAUACUAUGCAUAUGUUUUCAAUUCUAAUUUGAGGUUUGUACCCAGAUGAUUCUUAAUAAUGUAAUGUGAAGUUCUAGUCCUUUUAAAAGUUGCUAUUACAAAUUGUUCAAGAUAAACAAGAAAUGCAAUAGUCAGUCAAACUCACUGUCAUGCUAGGUAUUAGUCUAGUUGAUUACAAUAUAUGCUUCUUAGGUUAAACAAAUAGUAAAUAGCUAAAAAUAAAGUUUUUCUACUCAGCUAUGCUAUAGAUAGAUGGUCUUCAAAAAACCCCAGAGACAUGAAAAAUAUAGUAUUUUAUCAACUUAAGCCUGUUUUGGACAAUGAAACAGGUCUACUCUUGGCAGCAUCCUAUUACUACCUCAAAGAUGAUGGAGCAUCAGAAAACCUCUAUACAGAAUUGUUUCAAAUGUGGCAAGCUGUCACAUUUGAAGCUGCCCUUGCUUCAACUACAGACAGAAAUGCUGUCCAAAAAGGAGAAACAUGGACACAGAGAAGCCAACUGCCAAGCUGUGCAAGGAUAAGGUGGAAUCAUAAUUUCUGAUUCAUAGAAAAAUCUGUCACAUUCUAGGCUAGAAGGCUGAAAAUGAAUGUUCUAAAGUUUUAGCUUGCCUGUACUUCCUGCAUAUCAGGUAAUAUUUAUUCCUUCUCACAUCUCUGAUGGGGUUGAAGACUAGAUAGUUAUAGUCUCAACAUUAAGCUAAAGUUGUUUAGGAUUUAAGACACUUUUAGGUCUAAACAUGUUUUCAAGUUGAUAAUAUAAACUGAUAAAAAUGAUUUAGGUAUGAAAUUCUGAACUCACCAAGAUAGGAUAAUAUAAUAUUUUAUUCACAUUGCCAAAUACUUAUGAACUGGACUUUGUGAAUGUAAAUCUUACCUAGUAGUUUCAUAAUUGUUCUUAUUGUAUGUUGUUUAUUAUUGCAAGAGAAAGAGCCAUUUCAUUUAGAAAAAAAUGGGGAAGUGUUGGGGGUUGGUCUGGUGCUACUAUUUAUUCAAAUACUAAAUACUGGCUCUCAAGAUCCGGUUGCCUCAGAUGAGCAUAUUCUCAUGUUCAUCAAAUGAUGCUAUGUAAUCUUCAUCUUUUUCUUUGACUGGUUAAUGUGGCUAACAGCCAAUUACUGGAGAGAACAGAUGCAGGUGGGGUUUCAUUCACUGAGCUGGGGGUUGGGGUGGCUGAUAGAGAACACAAGGAGAGAGGAGGAAGGAGGAAGGGGAUGGAGAGAACAGAAGGUUCCUAUUAGACCUGAUGGACUAGGAGCAUGUGGCUGGUAAAGUGUAAGUUAGAAUAGCUCACAAUGUGCCCAAUCUAGGCUUACAACUUAUACAUAAAAUACCAGGAUUUUGUGUCUUUUAUAUGGGAUAGCUAGAAUAAUUCACUUACAUAUGCUCUUAACCACUGAGCAAUCUCUCCUAUCUCAUUGUAUUGUUUUUUCAUACACCUGUUACAUUGCUCUCUUUUUGAGACAGGUUCUCACCAUGCUGAUCUGGUCAGAACCAUGUAGACCAUGGUGCUGGCCUUUAAUUCAGAGAUGAACCUGAGAUUAAAGGUGUACACCGCCACACUGGGUUUCUUGUACUUUUCCUAUAGAAGCCUAUUCUUGCUCAGGAAGACCAUGUUCCUAGCCUAAUUCUGACAACUUUUUUCUUUCACUGAAUACUCAAUUCCCCAGUCACCCUUUUAGCUAGCACUGUCUGUUCAUGUGUGUUGCAUUUCUUAUCAGUGUGAUGUAGGGAAGCUUUUGAGGAACUUUUACUUUCUUAAUACCCCACAAAAAAGCAGACUAAUUCAUCUUCCUUCCCUUUGUCUUGAAUUCACAUAUACUUCUUUAAACUACAACAUCUAUCUUGCAACCAUAAGGUGACAUGCAUGGGAAUAAGCCAAUAUACAAAAAGAAAAGGGAAUCAAUAAUCAGCAAACACAUCAUAUACUAAAAUGGGAAAGGUAGAACAGGACCUAGAACCUGUAUUCUGUGAAGGAUCAGUUUAGUUUGGAAGUCUUCUAGUCCUCAAUGAUUAAGCUGGCAACAAAUCCCUAUGUGGACAACUCUUAAGUUUUCUGUAAAAGUAAAUGUUUCAUCAGUGCAAGAGGAACAAUGAGUCAAAUCAAAUGCACAGAUGUCUUUCAAGACUUUGCUUAUAUUACAGUCAUUGUGGUGCUUUGAAUAAGAAUUGUCCCUAUCGGCUCAUAUGUUAGAAUACUUGGUCCCCAGUUGGUGGAACUAUUUGGGAAGAAUUAUGAGGUGUGCUCUUAUCAGUGCGCAGAAACUGCAUGUUUUAAUAGUAGUAAAAUGAUUUUGGGGAUAGAAACAGUCAAGUACUGAAGGAGAGAUGAAAUUCUGAAUUAAAAUGAGGACUACAUAAAAUUUUUGUGUUCAUGUGUGUCCUAAGUUUUAGUGCUAUCAAGAGACACUAUGAUCAAGGUGGCUUUUACAAAAGAAAGUAUCAAAUUGGGGACUUGCUUACAGUGUCAGAGGAUUACUCAUGAUUUUCAUAGUGAGAAGCAUGUGGGCACUUUGUUGGAAUAGUAGCUGAGACCUUUUAUAUCCUGAACCUCAGGCAGAAGGGAGAGAGACUGGGCUUGGUGUAGGUAUUUAAAACUUCAAAGCCCAUCCCCAUUUCCUCCAACAAGGCCAUACCUACUCUAAUAAGGGCACAUCUCCUAAUCCUUCUCAAACACUUCCAAUAACUCAAACAUAUGACCACAAUGUAUAUGAGUGUGUGGGUGCAUGCCCAUACCAUGGCAUGUAUGUAGUCAAAGGACAAUUUGCAGAAAUAGCUUUUUUCCUUUCAUGUGGUUUCCAAGAAUCAAACUGAGGUAGUAAACUGGCAGCAGGUGCCUUUACCCACUGAGCAAUCUUGCUGGUCCUGCAUUCUAACUUUUUAUUAUUAUUAUUAUUUAUAAUUCUACUAAGAAACUAUAUUCCCAUUCACCAUUUCAUACUUUUUUAUAGGGUUUCACUAAGUUGCCCAGGUUGGCUUCCUGCCCCAGCCUCCUGAGUAUCUCAAAUUUACAGGUCUACACCACUAGACCAGUUUCUUUUUAUUUUUAUAAUUUAUAAGGCAUAAAUACUGACUAAUUGGACUGGGUACAAUCACUCUGAAUGGAUGGUGGCCAAAAGUAACUUAUGUAGCUGCAUUGAUGUUCCUUUAACCUUGGAUGAUCCUGUGAAACCAACAUUGGUUUUUAGCUCCAUCACCUGAGCUUUGGCUCCAACUUCUGUUAGGUGACUGUCUUUUUAAUAAAAUGUUAGGUUAGGUAAAAAACUUAAUUGAAGAACCUUAAGCCUCCAGAGAAAAAGUUAUUGUUAAACUAGCCUAAUAGGUAUAGAAGUUACACAUUGUGAAGGAAAGUAAAUUAGAUUUAGAAGGAGCAAUCAGAUAUCCAAGUUUUACAAGCAGAGGGGAGGGGAGUUCGACAAACAGCUUGUGCUGUUUGCUUCACAGUACAGUUCAUAUAGAGUCCCUAGGAAUAACAGGUGGCCCAUAUCAUGUUUUAUGUGUCCUAAUAUAUUUCUUUGCUUCUUGGAAUUUCCAUGUUACUUAUUUUUUCAUAUCAGAUUUGCAGAUUAGUAGUACUCUCAAAAUGAAGCCAAGUAAUAAGAACAUGGGAAAGUGGGUUUGUUCUGGAGGGGAAGGUCAUCUGUGAAAGUGACAGGGAAAUUAUACCAGAAGAGAGGCGGCUUUUGGUGAUUUUCCUGUAUUAUAUGUUUUAGAAUGAAUAUAUCUUUUACUAUCUAAAGAGUAGUAUUUUAAAAAUUUAAAAUGAGGACUUCAGCAUCAUCCUCAGCUACAUACUGAAUUUGAGGUCAAGCUUGGCUACAAGACCCAUGUUUAUGGUUUCUACUGCUGUGCUGAAAACUGGAACCAAAAGUAACUUGGGAAGGAAAGGGUUUACUUCACUCACUUCUAUAUAACAUUUCAUCAAAAACUAGGGCAAGAGCUGAUGCAGAGGCUAUUCUGGCUUGCUCAGUCUGCCUUCUUACAGCACCCAGAUCCAUCUGCCAGCCUUCUAACAAUGAACAUUAAUUAAGAAAAUACCCUACAGGUUUGCUUACAGCCUGAUAUUAGAGAAGCAUUUUCUCAACUGAAGAUCCUUCUUCACUGAAGACUCUAAUUGUGUUGACAAAAUCCAGCCAAAGGAACCCAUCUCAAAGAAACUAACAACAAAAGACUGAUAAGCUGGUAAGAUAACAUGCAAACCUAAUGACCAGAGUUCAAUCUCUGGAACCUAAAGUGCAUGUGUGCACAUUCACACACAGCCACAAAUGGGAAAAUAGCAUUUAAAAAUAUUACAGUCUGUAACAAUGAUUUUUUUUUUCGGAUAAAGACAGAGUUUCUCUAUGCAGCCCUAGCUGUCUGAACUCACAGAGAUCCACCUUGUCUCUGUCUCCCAAGUGCUGGGACUAAAAAUAUGUGCCACACCUGCUCCACAAAUAUAGCUUCAUUGUAAACAAGUUAGAAUGCACAAAGUUGAACCAGAGGCUUUUUCUCAUUGUCCCUUCCCUUUCUUUCUCCAGAAGAGACAUUGUUCUUCAUGUAUACAUUUUAUAUUAUUAUAAAGUGGGAUUUCUUACUUCCCAAAUGCUAGAGACUGACCUUAGGAUUUGGUACAUGCUAGGCAAAUGCUUUAACAGUGUUAUGCUCCCUGUCCCUUCAUAUAGCUUUAUAACUUAUCUUUUCCAGUUCAUAGCACAUCUUGGAGAUCUCUAUCAGUACAGAUAAAUUUACCUGAGAUUUAAUUAAAAAACUUAAAAUAAAUGUAACCCCAUUCACUUGUUAUCAUCCAUUUUAAUAAUGGCAUAACACUUAGCAAGAGUAUAAAUUAUAUAUGUAUGCACUACUUCAUAUAACUACAACCUGAAUGAUGAAGCCAUUUUGUAUGUACUACAAACAAUCAGUUGUAAAUUAAUGACUAUCCUCGUCUUUAUAUGCAUGUAUAAGAACUUUUGUGAAGGUUCCUAGAAAUGGAGAAUCUUAGCCAGAGUGUAAACAUAGUGCUGGCAAAUGCUGUCUUCCUAAAAUCCUUUGUCACUUUAAACUUCAUACAUGGUUGAGUCCUGUUUCUUUAGAAACUGUGGGAAAUAUCUUUUUAAAUAAUCUGAAAAAAGAAAAUUAAAACAAGAAUGUUAACUAGGGACCAAAUGAAUAAAUCUUAUUGAAAAAUUUCUGCUAGUUCAUGAAUACACCAUUUCUUUUGACUGUGAAUGCAGAGAGUCUUAGGUAACCAGGCUGGCCUUAAACUUGCUAGGUAAUAGAGGCUGACCUUAAACUCUGGAUUUUCUUGCCUCCAUCCUCUAAUUGUGGGGAUUAAAAGUGUGUUACUAUAACCUAGCUUAAUUUUUUAAUACUUGUUUGGUAUGUAUGUGUGUAGGUGUAUGUUGUCACACUGUACACGUAACCAGAGGACAAUUUGUAAGAAUUUCUUUCAAACUCCUAUCAUGUGUGUUCUGGGGAACUCAUGAUUUCAGGCUUACAUGCAUGUACUUUCACGAGCUUUCUUGAUCGUCCUAAUUUAUAUUUUUUAAAGACAGGGUCUCACUAUGUAGUCUUGGCUGGCCUAGAUCUCUGGAACAAUGUGGAACAGGUUGGUUUCCAACUCACAGAAAUCCACUGCUUCUGCCUCCUGUGUGCUGAGAUUAACAAUGUAUACCACCACAUUCAGCCAAUCUAGAUAUUCAGUAAUUUAUUGAAGCUUGGAUAGGGGAAGCAGGAGAGACUGGAAAAUUAGUUAAAAGUAUUGUUUAAAGCUAGUUUCCUCUACACAGCAAAUUAGAGGCAUGUCCUGGGCUACACAAAACAUAUCUAAAAAUAUUGAGUCAUUGACGCAAUUUCUUUAAGUACACUUAUUGUGUUUGCAUGCCACCCUGCAAGUAUAGCAAUCAGAGAACUUCCAAGAAUCUGUGCUGUUCUACCCUUCCACCAUAUAUAUAUUUUUUUGUUUGGGAGACAGGGGCUCUUUGUCCUAGAAAUCCCUAUGUGGACCAGGCUGGCCUUGACCUGGAAUGCAUAGAGCUCUGCCUACCUCUGGUUCCAAAGUGCUGGGAUUAAAGGUACCACUCACUAUGCCUGGGCUCAUACGGAUUCUGAGGCUUCAACUCAGGUUGUUAGGUCAACAGUUAGAAUCUAGCCAGCCUGAUAAUUCUUUUAAGAUCAUCCCAGGCUAAUCUUUGUAUGAAAAAUUUCCAAAGUACAACUUCCAGUGCAACAUUCAAAUUUCAAUAAGUAGCUGAAGGGAGCCAUGGUUUUAUGAUGGUACUAGCCUGAGAAAAUAUCAAAAGACUUCAAAGCAGGAAAUAGUGCCAGUACACUGGAUGCUGAAGUGUAAAAAUCUCAAGUUUAAGACCUGCCUGGUAGAUAUAAUGUACUAAGUUGCUGUUUUGACAUUCUUUUUGGAAAUCUCUACAUAAAAAUAUUCUCUCUAUAGGCAAUUUUCAUAGCAAAUUUGUUAUUGGUGUCAAAAUAUUCAAGUCUCAGCUGGUAACAUUUUACUGUUGGGUCUCUUUUCAUUAUUCAUAUCCCUUUAGUUUUCCCCAUCUAUUUUGCAUUAUAUCCACCCAGAACACACAAAAGAUUCUUUAAUUUCUCCCACCUUACUGCUGACAUUACCUACAGUCUAUUAUUAAGGAGGUAGGAGGACCGAAUGGGUCCAAGAAUUGAAGGCUAGUCAGUAUAAUGUAGUAAAAAUAAAGGAGAGCCAUCUUUUCAAUGAUUUCUUUCCUGAUCAAGCUGUUACUUGGUUUCUAUGUUUUAUUUUUUCCAUCUCAAAGCAUAGGAAACAAAUUCCACUCUUGGAUUGAAAGGAAGUUCUGUUCUACUAAAGCCUUAACUUUGCAUUUUACCUUCAUAAUUACCUUCAGCAAACAGAGGGCAUAACAGGUGUCAGUGGAGCAGCAGCUUCAGAGCUCAGUUCCCCUAUUAGGUUUUAACCCUUAAACCACUGUGAAUCUCUGACUCUUAACAGGCCAAGAUGACUUCCACCAGUGUCUUGAAAAAUCUUGGUGACUCGUAUUCUUUCAUCUAUUUUACAUGGUUUUCUACUUCAUCUAUGUCCCCUUAGAAGCUAGCAUACACACACACACACACACACACACACACACACACACACACACACACACAAGGCUGGUGUUCUUUACAUACAUUAAAAACAAAACACCAAAAAAACCAAACCAAACAAAACACCAUCCUCUCACUGAAGUGAUUGCAAAAGUUUGUAGGACAUGCCUGUAUAGUAUUUUCUUUAGAAAUCGUCAGGUGUUUUUUCCUUCCAGCAAAGUCUAAAUAUUUUUUUUAAAUUUUCCUUGCCUUCAUAAACACUGUUGCAAGAUACCAAAUCUUCCCUACAUAAUCAACUCAUUUGCAAAGUCCAGUUAUUCCCUUUUUUUCUGCCUAUCACUAUAACCUAAACUAUCUUUUGUAGUUGGUUAAUGUCACCACAGAAUUAAGGCAAUGAUGAUUCACUAGUCUUACUAUUCAUUCAGUCUUACUAUUCCAACCUAGCCUUUACAUUUUAGUUCUGUUCACUCUUUUAAAUAACAGUUCUCAGCUCCAAUUACAUUUUCUAUGUAGACUGUACAUGUCUAUUUGAAGUACUUUUGUUGCCCCAUCCAUUCUAGGUCUUAUGCUUUUUCUGGAGCUGGCUAAAAUGUCCUUUUCUAAAAACAGUUUUGUUUAAAUAUUUAACAACAUUUCUUGCUUCUAAACACCUAACAAUUUUCACUACAACUCUUGGAUUUCUUUAGAAGCUCCAUCUAUAUACAGAUGGUCUCUAAUGUAAUUUCCUUGAUUUUUCUAUUAAAAAUGUUAUCAAUAUUUAAAGGACAUACAAAAUAGUAACACAAAGUUCAAGAUAAGCAGUUACCUUGAGUCUAAAUUGCUUACUGAAAAAAAGAAAAAAACAGCAAGUGUAAGUUGCUGAUGUAGUUGGGUAGCAUUUUACCAUGAUAGGUUAAUAUGUUAAUGACUGUUAGUUUCUCGCAUUAUAGAGCACCCUUGAGUUAAUCAUAUUUUGCUUUUAUUUGGACAUGAGUGUAUUUUUCUCAUCUUAUAGAGUUCAUAUAUACUUCUUAGCAGUAUAUGAGGAACUGCAUGCUGUGAUGGCUAUUCUUGGUUGUCAAGUUGACUACAUCUGGAAUUAACUAAAACCCAAGAAUUAACUAAAAACUAAGGGUACACCUGUGAUGGCUUUUUUCUUAAUUAAAUCAUUUGACUUUUAAUUCAGAUCUUUUUAGGUGGGAAGCUGCAACUGCUUGCCCUCACUCUAGAUGGCAAGCCCAUUCGUUCAUUGGCAUUACAACCAUUGUAUAAUGUAUAAUGAAUUUCAGGUGUAUAAUGAAUUCAGCUGAAGUCAUCCCAGCUUAUGGACUGAACUAGUGGAUUUUGACUUUUCCAUUUACACACACACACACACACACACACACACACACACACACACACAAGUAUAUUAGAGUGGCUUACAGGUUGUGGUCCAACUAGUCAAGCAAUGACUGUCUACCAACAGAAAACCCAAGAAUCUGCUAGUUGUUCAGUCUACAAGCCUGGAUGUGCUCGAAUACCAGUGAAAGAAUAUGUAUAUAUUCCCUCUCUCUAUAUAUAUUCUGAAUAUCUAUAUACAUAUAUAUUCAUUCUCCGUUCUCUAUCCAUUUAAUCAGUGAAGGAAUGAAUACAUUCAUACAUUCAUUCAGCCUGUUCCUCUAGAGAACCAUGACCAAUACAGAUACAUAACUUCUAGAGUGUUACAAAUUCUCAGUGUUAAUUCUUCAUUGUUGAACCUGUUUUCGCAGGUCUGUUAGUUUGCCAUACAGAUGCAUCUUAUUAGAAGUAAAUUUGAAAUAUCAUUAUUCACUUCAUUGCCAGAUAACUGAAACCAGGGUGUGUGUGUGGGUGCUGUGUAUUGUAUAAGAAGCACAUUUCUAGUCCUCGAGGAGGGGAAAGGUUGACUUUCAAGAUAGUCUAGCCAUUGAAAAAUGUUGCAAACUUCCUUACACUUUGCUGAGACAACAGGGACUGAGCUAUCUGCUCUCAAAAGUUGCUAAUAAACAACUUGAAACCUUGAUAAGUGCUGAGAACCAUAAACAUAGAUUGGAAGGCCUUUCAGAGAAAUCUGGUCGCUUUUUCCUAUGCUGUCAGGGCAUUAGGCACUAGUUUUGCUAACCAAAGCCUCCAAGGUGCCAAAAGGAACCGCACUAACUUUCUCUGCUUACUGGUCCUCUCCAUGUGGAGCGCGGCCCGUCCCGCAUUGAGUCCCCCGUGGGGCCCGCCACGCGCCUUUCUGUCCGUGUCGCCAACAAGAGUGUUGGAUUCCGGGCCCAGAAUGGCACGCCAGGGGAAGAGGGCGGUUAAGACCGUUACCAACCCGAGUUUUGAAUUAUUUCAAACUUGGCUCUGGCGCCCGCCCUUCUCUUCCCCUCCCCCUCCCGAGAACUACUCAAGAGCCCAUUCCCGCCAAGAGCUGGCCCGCCCCCCGGCCGGUUCCCGCCAUCCCGACCUCCCCGCCUCCUGCCCAUAACGGGCUUCGGGUCCCGCCAAGUGCCCGAUCUCCGCCUGCCUGUCCAUGGCUUUCCUGAGAGGGUACCGCACGUUGGCAAAAGAACAAAGACAGAGACUGUGGAGCUUCCACCCGGUUAGCCGCGUUCCUCAGAACGAGCCCUGACACUCGCGCACGCGCUGGCGCCGGCGAGCCUCCCUGUCCCUGGGCUGGGGCUCGCUUGGAAGGCUCACAGCUCAUCCGGCCCUCUGAUUGGACGGGCGCCCUCUCGCAUCCUCCAAUCGGGGCGGCGCUUGAUAGUGCUGGGGGGGCCAAAUAAAAGCGAUGACGAUUGGGCUGCUGCGUUUGGCGCUCGGUCCGGUCGCGUCCGACACCCAGUGGGACAUCGAAGGCAGUGGAGUCCCGGCGGCGGCGGCGGCGGCGGCGCGUUGGGGCGGCGCGCGGGAGAAGCGCGGGCUGGCGCGCGGGACGAAGGCUGUCAAGAUAGCUCAGUGGGCAAAAGUGCUUGCCACCAAGUCUGAUGACCUGAGUUUGAUUCACCCUGGACCUGCAUGGUGGAGAGAACUGUUUGAUUCUUAAUAAUCAUGGGCCAGACUGGGAAGAAAUCUGAGAAGGGACCGGUUUGUUGGCGGAAGCGUGUAAAGUCAGAGUACAUGAGACUGAGACAGCUCAAGAGGUUCAGAAGAGCUGACGAAGUAAAGACUAUGUUUAGUUCCAAUCGUCAGAAAAUUUUGGAAAGAACUGAAACCUUAAAUCAAGAAUGGAAGCAGCGAAGGAUACAGCCUGUGCACAUCAUGACUUCUGUGAGCUCAUUACGCGGGACUAGGGAGUGUUCAGUGACCAGUGACUUGGAUUUUCCAGCACAAGUCAUCCCGUUAAAGACCCUAAAUGCUGUCGCAUCGGUGCCCAUAAUGUAUUCUUGGUCUCCCUUACAACAGAAUUUUAUGGUGGAAGAUGAAACUGUUUUACAUAACAUUCCUUAUAUGGGGGAUGAAGUUCUGGAUCAGGAUGGCACUUUCAUUGAAGAAUUAAUAAAAAAUUAUGAUGGAAAAGUGCAUGGAGACAGAGAAUGUGGAUUUAUAAAUGAUGAAAUUUUUGUGGAGUUGGUAAAUGCUCUUGGUCAAUAUAAUGAUGAUGACGAUGAUGAUGAUGGAGACGAUCCUGAUGAAAGAGAAGAAAAACAGAAAGAUCUAGACGAUAGUCGAGAUGAUAAAGAAACUUGCCCACCUCGGAAAUUUCCUGCUGAUAAAAUAUUUGAAGCCAUUUCCUCAAUGUUUCCAGAUAAGGGCACAGCAGAAGAACUGAAAGAAAAGUAUAAAGAACUCACGGAGCAGCAGCUCCCCGGUGCUCUACCUCCUGAAUGUACCCCAAACAUCGAUGGACCAAAUGCCAAAUCUGUUCAGAGGGAGCAAAGUUUACAUUCAUUUCAUACGCUCUUUUGUCGACGAUGUUUUAAGUAUGACUGCUUCCUACAUCGUAAGUGCAAUUAUUCCUUUCAUGCAACACCCAACACAUAUAAGAGGAAGAACACAGAAACAGCUCUGGACAACAAGCCUUGUGGACCACAGUGUUAUCAGCAUCUGGAGGGAGCUAAGGAGUUUGCUGCUGCCCUUACUGCUGAGCGGAUAAAGACACCACCUAAACGUCCAGGGGGCCGCAGAAGAGGAAGACUUCCGAAUAACAGUAGCAGACCCAGCACCCCCACCAUCAGUGUGCUGGAGUCAAAGGAUACAGACAGUGACAGAGAAGCAGGGACUGAAACCGGGGGAGAGAACAACGAUAAAGAAGAAGAAGAGAAAAAAGAUGAGACUUCCAGUUCCUCUGAAGCAAAUUCUCGGUGUCAAACACCAAUAAAGAUGAAGCCAAAUAUUGAACCUCCUGAGAAUGUGGAGUGGAGUGGUGCUGAAGCCUCCAUGUUUAGAGUCCUCAUUGGUACUUACUACGAUAACUUUUGUGCCAUUGCUAGGCUAAUUGGGACCAAAACAUGUAGACAGGUGUAUGAGUUUAGAGUCAAAGAGUCCAGUAUCAUAGCACCUGUUCCCACUGAGGAUGUGGACACUCCUCCAAGAAAGAAGAAAAGAAAACAUCGGUUGUGGGCUGCACACUGCAGAAAGAUCCAACUGAAAAAGGACGGCUCCUCUAACCAUGUUUACAACUAUCAACCCUGUGACCAUCCACGGCAGCCUUGUGACAGUUCGUGCCCUUGUGUGAUAGCACAAAAUUUUUGUGAAAAGUUUUGUCAAUGUAGUUCAGAGUGUCAAAACCGCUUUCCUGGAUGCCGGUGCAAAGCACAAUGCAACACCAAGCAGUGUCCGUGCUACCUGGCUGUCCGAGAGUGUGAUCCUGACCUCUGUCUCACUUGUGGAGCUGCUGACCACUGGGACAGUAAAAAUGUGUCCUGCAAGAACUGUAGCAUUCAGCGGGGCUCUAAAAAGCACUUACUGCUGGCACCGUCUGAUGUGGCAGGCUGGGGCAUCUUUAUCAAAGAUCCAGUACAGAAAAAUGAAUUCAUCUCAGAAUACUGUGGAGAGAUUAUUUCUCAGGAUGAAGCAGACAGAAGAGGGAAAGUGUAUGACAAAUACAUGUGCAGCUUUCUGUUCAACUUGAACAAUGAUUUUGUGGUGGAUGCAACCCGCAAGGGCAACAAAAUUCGUUUUGCUAAUCAUUCAGUAAAUCCAAACUGCUAUGCAAAAGUUAUGAUGGUUAAUGGUGACCACAGGAUAGGCAUCUUUGCUAAGAGAGCUAUCCAGACUGGUGAAGAGUUGUUCUUUGAUUACAGAUACAGCCAGGCUGAUGCCCUGAAGUAUGUGGGCAUCGAACGAGAAAUGGAAAUCCCUUGAAAUCUACUACCUCUUCCCCUCCUCUCAAACAGCUGCCUUAGCUUCAGGAACCUUGAGUACUGUGGGCAAUUUAGAAAAAGGAAAUGCAGUUUGAAAUUUUGAAUUUGCAAAGUACUGUAACAGUAAUUUAUAGUAAUGAGUUUUAAAAUCAACUUUUUAUUGCCUUCUCACCAGCUGCAAAGUGUUUUGUACCAGUGAAUUUUUGCAAUAAUGCAGUAUGGUACAUUUUUCAAAUUUGAAUAAAGAAUACUUGAACUUGU